AUCAGAGCACUGUCAGAGGGAAUGUUCAACUACCUCCGGAAACGCUUCACCAGGCACAUCAGAGAACGCAGCAGGAGGAGAGCCAGGCUUGUCUCCAAAGAUGGAAGGUGUAACAUCGAGUUUGGCAAUGUAGAACAGUCAAGGUUUGUCUUUUUGAUUGAUAUAUGGACAACUAUCCUGGAUCUCAGAUGGAGAUACAAAAUGACCAUCUUCAUUUCAGCAUUCUUAGGCAGCUGGUUUCUGUUUGGUCUCCUCUGGUAUGUUGUGGCAUACAUACACAAAGAUCUUCCAGAAUUCAACCCUUCCAUAAAUCACACCCCCUGUGUCGAGAAUAUCAAUGGCCUGACUUCAGCUUUCCUGUUCUCCUUGGAGACCCAGGUGACCAUCGGUUAUGGCUUCAGAUGUGUCACAGAGCAAUGUGCCACUGCCAUUUUCCUGCUUAUCUUCCAGUCUAUCUUGGGGGUAAUCAUCAAUUCUUUUAUGUGUGGUGCCAUCCUAGCCAAGAUAUCAAGGUCCAAAAACCGGGCUAAGACCAUCACCUUCAGCAAGAAUGCAGUCAUCAGCAAACGUGGAGGGAAGCUCUGUCUCCUUAUUCGGGUGGCAAACCUCAGGAAGAGUCUGCUGAUUGGGAGUCACAUCUACGGGAAGCUUCUGAAGACCACUAUCACCCCAGAGGGAGAAACCAUCAUUUUGGACCAGGUCAACAUAGAAUUUAUAGUGGAUGCUGGCAAUGAGAACCUCUUCUUCAUCUCCCCAUUAACUAUCUAUCAUAUCAUAGAUAAGAACAGCCCGUUCUUCCACAUGGCAGCAGAAACCAUUCUGCAGCAAGAUUUUGAACUGGUGGUGUUUUUAGAUGGCACAGUUGAAGCCACCAGUGCUACCUGUCAAGUGAGGACAUCCUACAUCCCAGAAGAGGUGCUCUGGGGUUACCGCUUUGCUCCCAUUGUGUCCAAGACCAAAGAAGGGAAAUACAGAGUGGAUUUCCAGAACUUCAGCAAGACAGUGGCUGUGGAGACUCCCCACUGUGCCUUCUGUCUCUACAACGAGAAAGCCAAAGCCAAAGAGAAGAAAGGUUAUGAUAAUCCUGGCUUUGUUUUGUCAGAAGUCAGUGAAACCAGUGACACAAAAAUGUAG